UUAUUAUAUGUGGUUAUAAAUACAGUAUUAAUUAUUUAGUUCAGUUGGCUUACAGUCCUGUAGAAACUGGAACCGGAUUAGUAAUCUGAAGUAACCAAGAACGAGUACUUUCAAAAUAAAACAGGAAAUCAGGCUUAAAUACACUAGAAAUCCAGAAAACAAAUCAAGCCAACGAUCAGAGACACAAACAACCAGAACAGAACGAGACAACAAGAGCCGGUUCUGAUGGCUCUGAUGGCCUGAACUGGACUGGAUGUGUUUCUGCUUUCGCCCUACUUCAUGCUGCCAGACAGGUUCUCUCUCAGACCGGUUCUGGUUCUGCAGAUUUGAUGGGAAAAGAGAAACUGAACCAAAAUCAGUGGUUAGUGAUAAUUAUUAUUGCUGGCUUUAUUCAGGAUGUACAAACUUUCUGAUUGGUUUUAAUUCAUUUAAUCAUCUAGUUUUUUAUUUCCUCUGAUUAACUUUAGCUUUUUAUUUAAUGUCUGAAACACAAAGAAACUCGUCAGUCUGCUGCGACGGUUCUGGACCAGUAAGAGGUCCAAACCCAUUAAUGCUCUGACUGGGAAAGUGACCACUGAACCCAGAAGGUCCUGACCCGGUAACCAGUACGGUCCUCAUCGUCUCCAUGACGACAGUGGUCUGUGCGGAGGGCGGAGCCGAUACCAGAAACCUGAACCCAGCUCCACUUUCUAUUGGCUGAUCUGGUUUCAGGAGCCGGUAUUGAUCAGCAGGUGAUUAUCAGGAUCAUUAGUUUUGCGCUUCUAUAUUGAUCUGAACCUCUCUCAGGUUAUUAUUAUUGUUAUUAUUGACGAGUAUUGAUUGUAGUACAACAGGCUGAAGUCGAUCUUGUUCAGGUGAGGAUUUUGUUUCAGGUCAGCUUUCACCUGGUUGGUGAAUUAUUGAUGAGGCGAGUCUCUCUCUCUGGGAGACGAUCAACGCCAACAGAAGACGAGUAAACAGGAGGCGGGAAGACGUCGAGACGAAAUAAAGCAAACAAGAAGAGAAACACAGAAACAAAACAGAAGAGCAGAUAAACAUGGAACGAUGAAGACUGAGGAAGAAGAGGAGGAAUACAACAAACCCAGGGAAGAUGAUUCAUGAAGAUGAAGAGGAGGAUGAUGAUCCCCUGCCCCCCCCUCCCUGCUCCUCUGUUGCCAUGGAGACGGCGAUGUCGGGCAGGAGGCCGGACCUGGCGUGCAUCGUGUGUUUCGGCAGCUACGACUUGCUGACGCGGUUGCCACGGCGACUCCACUGUGGCCACGCCUUCUGCCAGGCGUGUCUGAAGAGACUCGACACGGUGAUCAACGAGCAGGCGUGGAUCCCGUGUCCCCAGUGUCGGCAGAACACGCCGCGGCCGCGCGGUGGCGCCGCCGGUCUGGACCUGGACCUGGCGUCCUUCCUGGCGGUGAAGGCCCAGCAGACCUUCGUCUCCUGCUCCUCUUCCUCGCGAAGCUCUGCCCCCAGGGGCGGAGCUUCGUCUGGCGAUGGGAAGCUUUGGCUUGGGAAGGAAGUUCCCGAUGACGGCUGGCGGCACGGCGGCCUGGCGGAGCCGCGAUUCCAUCGCUACGGCGACUGCUGCCCGGCGCCGUCCUGCUGGCACUGCUGCUGGUUCUGCUGCCCGGGGCGAGGCUGACAGACCGGACCGGAACCGAUCCGGCCCUGGAUGAGGCCCGGUACUGAUGUGCAUCCUAGAUUUCCUGGUUCCGGGUUAGUUCUGUGUCAGAACCGGGUCGGCUCUGGGUCGCCGUGAACAAUAAUCAGAGCUUUGAAAUGUUUCGUGUUCAGAAACAUCAAAUAAAAGCUUUAAAGUU